AUGAAGAUUAUUUUCGGCGUGGUUGUUAUUUUGUUUUCUAUGUCAGUUGAUAGAACAGGUGGAAUCUGCGUCCACAAGUGGAAAAACGGUCGUUUCGUGUCCGAAGGUUUUUGUGAAAAUCCUGAUGAAGAAGAAAUAAUUACUGAUCUUAAGCUAAGAGCUGCAUCUGCUAAGAGGAGAGAUAAAGGUUCGUAUUGUGAUAAAUUAUUUCAAAGAGAUGCAAAAAUAUGGAAUGGAACUGGCGGGGUUUUCAAGGGUGAUGACAUCAUUGUGAACAAAGAUGUUUAUUGUGACCAAACAACUGAUGGAGGGGGAUGGCUGGUGUUUCAACGUCGAAUGAAUGGCUUAAUCAAUUUUUAUCGUGAUUGGAGUGAUUACGUAAAUGGCUUCGGGGAGACGCCGAGUGAGCAUUGGCUUGGUCUUGAAAUUUUGCAUCAAUUAACUUCUUCCAACAGCUACGAAAUGUUGAUUGACAUGGAGGAUUGGGAAGGAAAUAAACGCUACGCAAGAUACUCAAACUUUCGGGUGGGUAACGCAGCAUCCCAUUACACCCUCUACGUAGGUGGAUACUCAGGAAAUGCUGGUGAUUCAUUUUCCCAACACCAAGUU